UAGGCUGUAAUUAGGGGAUCUGGGAGGAGACCUUUCCUGGUGACGCUUUGCUUUUCCUCUGCUUUUGGUGAGAAAGUGCCUCCUUCUUCUCAGGACCAGGACCUCUGCCAUCCAGCGCCACAAAGAGACAUUCUGCACACACACAAUUUCACACACAUGCACACACACACUUGCCCAGAGACAAACUUAAGGUGAGAGGGAAGAGCCCUAGCUUCACUUGAUCUCCAGACUCCGACUUCAUCAAGACUUGAAGCAUCUGCACUUGUGGAUUUCAGGACAAGUGAAGAAGAUUCUUUGGGAUACAAAGAUGAAGAGUCUACUUCUUCUGGUGCUGAUUUCAGUCUGCUGGGCUGAUCAUCGUUCAGACAACUAUACUCUAGAUCAUGACAGAGUUAUUCACAUACAAGCAGAAAAUGGCCCCCGUCUACUUGUGGAAGCAGAACAAGCCAAGGUGUUCUCACACAGAGGUGGCAAUGUUACACUGCCAUGUAAAUUUUUUCGAGACCCUACAGCAUUUGGCUCAGGAACCCACAAAAUCCGCAUCAAGUGGACCAAGCUAACUUCAGAUUACCUCAAGGAAGUGGAUGUUUUUGUUUCCAUGGGAUACCACAAGAAAGCCUACGGACGCUACCAGGAGAGAGUGUUUCUCAAGGGAGGCAGUGAGAAUGAUGCUUCCCUGGUGAUCACAGACCUCACCCUGGAGGAUUAUGGGAGAUAUAAGUGUGAGGUGAUUGAAGGAUUAGAAGAUGAUACCACUGUGGUAGCGUUAGAUUUACAAGGUGUGGUAUUCCCUUAUUUUCCACGACUGGGGCGCUACAAUCUCAAUUUCCAUGAGGCCCAGCAGGCUUGUCUGGACCAGGAUGCUGUGAUUGCCUCCUUCGACCAGCUGUACGAUGCCUGGCGGGGCGGGCUGGACUGGUGCAAUGCCGGCUGGCUCAGCGAUGGGUCUGUGCAGUACCCCAUCACGAAGCCCAGAGAGCCCUGUGGAGGCCAGAACACAGUGCCUGGUGUCAGGAAUUACGGGUUUUGGGAUAAAGAUAAAAGCAGAUAUGAUGUUUUCUGUUUUACAUCCAACUUCAAUGGCCGUUUUUACUACCUGAUCCACCCCACCAAGCUAACAUAUGACGAAGCGGUGCAAGCUUGUCUCAAUGAUGGUGCUCAGAUUGCGAAAGUGGGCCAGAUAUUCGCUGCCUGGCAACUUCUGGGAUAUGACCGCUGCGACGCAGGCUGGUUGGCCGACGGCAGCGUCCGCUACCCUAUCUCUAGGCCAAGAAGGCGCUGCAGUCCCACUGAGGCCGCAGUGCGCUUCGUGGGUUUCCCAGAUAAAAAGCAUAAGCUGUAUGGUGUUUACUGCUUCAGAGCAUACAACUGAGUGCGCCCCAAGAGCACAUCAGUUUUAAAGUCAGUAAGAACAUGUGAAAGGUUUUUUUUUUCAAUAUGAACUCAUGCAAGUUACCAAAACUGUGAUAACUCUUUUUUUUACUUACUGUAAAGAGUCAUUUUCAUAAAGACCAAUUCAUUAAUUUGUUUUUGUAAAGCUAUCAUUCAAUAUAUAUUAUAAAUUAAUAUAAUGUUAAAGGAAGCGCUACAUAAGGAGGCUUUAAAGCGAAACUGUUUAGGCUACAUCAUCCCAACGAAAUAUCCUUUCAUGAACGGGGCAUGCAAUAGCUUGAGGAUUGCUGGGAUUAAAUUAAGGAGAGUAAAGCUACUCAGAGCAGCAGCUUCCACAAGCACAAAUUUUAAACAUUUGUACAAUUUCAAAAUGCACUGCAAUAAGCAAAUUAGAGCAACAGAUUUGACAUACGGGCUUCUUUACAUAAACAGAUUCUGAGAGGUUGUACGAAACUCAGUUUCACAAGGAAACAAUCUACACUUUUCUAAAAGUUAGUAUUUCAAGUCUCCAAUAGACAGAAUAUUUUACUCUUUAAAAUCCUGCCUUUUUGACAAAAAUAAUAAUUUUUAUGACUCCAAUGCAUGGUAACAAGCACAGCUAAAACUCCUUAAUAAUUCCAUUUAUAUAAAGUACGAAACUUAAAUAAGCAGACAAUAUUUAACCAAUGAGAAUCUCCUACCUUCUUCUAAUUAAAAUGACACAUGCCUGAGAAGAAUUGUUUAAUCUUCUGAGUAGCUUUACUGAGUUAUAUUUUAAUUCUAAGGGCCAUUUGCUAAGCAGCAUUUAGCGUCUACUCAGGGCAGUUAUAUAGAUAAACUGCUGGACAGAAAAAUUGUAAACUUUAGCAGCUUGAUUUUAUGUUAGCCUAUGAAAUGUUACUGUCCUACAAAAAUAAUCUUUAACUAUUUAAUAUUUCCUUAUUUACAUUAUAUAAAAAAAUUAAGUCCCAAAAGGUAUGAAUAACUAUACACCUGCCUAACAAAGAAAUCAGGACCCACCUUUCAAAAUUCUUAUUAUUAUUCCUAUUUGUAUGUACACUAGAAAGCCCAAUUGGUGCCUGUGUUUGGGGAAAAACGUCAACAAAGUAGUUCUAAACCUUCCUCCAUGUAGAAAAUGUGGUCAAUGAUGUCAUUUUCCUUGCUGGUCUUCAUUAGGCUUCAAUGAAAAGCUGAAGCUGUCAUCAAAGAGUUUACACACUAAAAUCUUCAGGGCUUUAAUGAAAGGGAAGGCCAGCUUCAGAAAAACAGCUUUCUGCAUUAGCAGCGAUAAUCUUAAAUAAAGCUCUGCUUUCCUAUAUUUUUAUGACUGUUGAGACCCCACAGGGACCAAUAUUUGUAUUCAAAUUACAUUUUAUGAUUUUCCAUUGUUUCACAAUGAGUUCUAAUAAAUGGGAUUUAGUAUAAUAAUCCAAGUAUGACAUAGCUGGUAUGCUUUCAUGAAUGUUUUUAUGUAGAUUUUCCUCCCAUGAACAUGAGUAAAUAAAUCUGUUUCCGGAAUUCAUUGUGGUUGCAUUUAAAGCUCUGUAAUAAUUCUAAUAAAUUUAUAAAUGUAGAGUUACAUGUAUGGAAGGUAUAGAACAACUGGAAAUCCACGAAACCAUAAUUAUAGUCAUACAUUAUCUAGAUAAAGUAUUAUAAAUAAAAGUAGAUCAUUUCUUUUAUCAAAGCAUAACUGGAAAUUUUCAGAUGCUUUAAUAUUAAAGAAUGACAAUGUAUGCAUGCACAUUUUUACAUUAGGUUCAAUAUGGAAAUUGUACAAAAAUAUAAAUCCAAAGAGAUUAUAGGGUUUAACUCAAACACUGCUGAUACAAAGAGAACUCAAACUUGUAAAUUAAAAAUACCUGCAUGGUUUAGUUAAGAUGAAUAUAUUAUUUCAGGAGGGGAUGAUCUCCAAAAUAGUGACUCUGACACCUCAAAUACGGGGGUUAACUCACUGGAGGAAGCCCAUACUUGAACAAUUAUUAACUACAUUACAAGAAUUUUAUUGGAAAUGCAAAUGGGAACAAAUUUCUACUGAAGUUAGAUAUAUAAUUUUCAGCUAUUGCUGCAGAACUCUACCUUUAUAAUAGUAAGCAUAGUAGCAUUUCUUAACUUUUGAAUACUUACUAGUGUAGGAACUGGUGCUGAACAAAACCUCUAGAAUGACUGUUAGCUGAAUAAAAUAUAUACCAAUUGCACACCAUUUUUCCAUGUUUAAAAAAAAAAACUUGACAUAAUGAAUACUACUGGGCAGAAUUUUUAUCUUCUGCUCUCCCCCAAAGAAUCAAAAUCCCCUUACUCCCCCCUUUGGACACCUACUUGAAUAAAUUUGUUUCUUUUUUUAAUGUUCUCAUUUUGCCAUUUUUCCACCAAACAUUAUUUUCCUACUUCAUUCCCCAAGAUAUCUUACUGAGAAUGUGUGAAAUAAAAAGUAUAUCCUAAUGCCGUUCUUAGUAGAAAGUCAGUAUAACAUUGGCUAAUACAGAAACUGCUCCUCAAAUUUGGGUUCGAAGAGCAUCAGAGUGAGGAGGUGGGAGACUGGAUUAGGAAAUCUUGUUUUGACCAUUUUGUCCAUUAACACUUGUGGCCCAUAUAAGGAACAAAGUUUAUCCACAAAUUUCACUGAGGUGUCUGUAUUUGAAAAUGCAAAUAAAAUGAUGUGUAUUAGAAGACAGGAUCGGAAUGAAAACAAGCUAGUCAUAUUAACACUGGAAGCCAUCUUUUAAUGACUGCUGCCACAUUUUAUCAAAGUAAUUUUUAGUCAAAUAUGGUAUUUGUAAAUUUAAACUUUCUGUCAUACAUAGAAAGGGGGCAGGUACCUGUUAAAGUUUUAUUUUAUGCAAUAAUAUAGUCGCUUCUUAUUUUGGCAAUUAGAAAUAGACUCAUAGGAGAUUCCAAUUUGGUUGCUGGCAGCCAUGGGGUUUCUUGAUUUCAGUGCUCCAAAGAAUAUGGUGGUUUCAUGGUGUAGCUGACCACUAAAAAGGGGAAGAUUAAAUGGGAAUUACCUAUCAGUUUUCAGCAUAGAAUGCAUCAAGAAUUAUCAAUGGAUAACAACAGAAUUUUUUGAGAAGUCAAUUGUAUCAUAGCUCACUACUGCCAGAGCAACAAUGGUGUAUGACAAAGAAAUGAAAAAUACAAGAGUCACUAAGCCACCUGAUUAAAAGAAAAUCAGUAUUUCAAGGCAUUUAACACCUACUGAAUACAUAUCUGAGGAGAAGAACCGAUCUGUAUUACAAAAAAAAAAAAUGUUUUCGUUUUCUGUAAGAUACAAUGAAUGGUAAACAUUAAAAGUCAA